AUGCACACCUUCAACAUCCCCACCACAGCUAUUGCUGCGGUAACUCUGCUCUCCGCUCUGCCGGCCGUACAGGCUAGCCUAUACCUCAAGAGCUCCCCCGUAGUCCAAGUCGACGCCAAGAACUUCGACCGCGUGAUCAACAGGUCCAACUAUACCUCUGUCGUCGAAUUCUACGCGCCAUGGUGCGGACACUGCCAGAACCUCAAGCCCGCCUACGAGAAAGCCGCGAAGAAUCUCGAUGGACUCGCUCGCGUUGCGGCCGUGAACUGCGACGAGGAUGAGAACAAGCAACUAUGCAGCGCAAUGGGCGUCAAGGGGUUCCCGACCCUGAAGACAGUGCGGCCGGGCAAGGGCAAGAAGGGGAAGCCGGUCGUGGAAGACUACAACGGGCCACGCACAGCCAAGGGCAUCGUGGAUACCGUCGUGGACAAGAUCAACAACCAUGUCAAGCGUGUGACCGACAAGGAGAUUGACACCUUCCUAUCUUCUGACAACGAUACGGCCAAGGCAAUUCUAUUCACAGAGAAAGGCACCACGAGCGCUUUACUCAAGAGUAUUGCCAUUGACUUCCUCGACGUUAUCACUGUUGCGCAGAUUCGGGACAAGGAGACCAAGGCCAACCAGAUAUUUGGUAUCAAGUCCUACCCGACUCUAGUACUACUGCCGGGUGGCGAUAAAGAAAGCUUGUUGUACGAUGGGGAGCUGAAGAAGGACGAUAUGGUCAAGUUCUUGUCGCAAGCCGGCCAACCGAACCCAGACUCGACAGGUCUCAAGUCAAACGGAGGGAAGAAAGCCGAGAAGAAGACUGAGAAGAAGGACAAAAAAGCAUCUUCCAAAUCCACCGAGUCCAGCUCCAAGACAACCGAGACUGAGCCCGAGUCGCCUGGAAUCACUGAGGCUCCCGAAAGGCCGGUCGAAGUUGCGCCGCCCAUCCCAGCGAUUACCGAGGCCGAUCAGUUAACCAAGGAGUGCCUAAACCGCAAAUCCCACACCUGUGUGCUUGCCUUCGUGCCCUCCACUCAUGGCGAGACCGCCGAGAAGGCUCUUAGCAGCUUAGCCGAGCUAGCAUUGAAGCAUGUCCAUGGACAACGCCACCUGUUCCCAUUCUUCGAAGUACACACUGACAAUGAAGCUGCGGCGUCAGUCUUCAAGAGCCUCGAACUCUCUCGUGAGAUCGAAAUCGUCGCUGUCAAUGGCAAGAGGGGAUGGUGGCGCCAUUACGAGGGAGACUACAGCCUCGAAACUGUAGAAAGCUGGAUCGACGCCAUCCGAUUAGGCGAGGGCUCUAAGAAGAAGUUGCCCGAAGGCGUAAUCGGCGAAGUCGUCGAGGAGACGACCACAAAGGAAGAGCCGGCUGAGACAGUCGAGGUCAAGGUUGAGGAGUCCGUGGAAGUGGAGGUUGAAACCGACACGGAGACGCCUACUGAGGGUACAGAGCCGACUCCUGAAGCUACCCCGGCCAAGGAGCGGGAGCAUGAGGAGCUGUAG